UAUAGUCAAAGCUGUAGCCUGGCAUUGUGCAAAGGCCUUUACGUUUUACGUGUUUAUAUUUUCCACGAUGUAAUCUCAAUACUUUGUUUAUCAACAUCAAUUGAUAGUUAAACAAAUAAUUGUGUGAAAUUCGAAUUUUUAAAAUAUUGUUGAAGUAGAGAAUGGGGAGUAGAGACGAUUAUCCGCUUAUAAACGUUCGAUUGGCGAUAAAUAGAGUAGAUUUUAAUUUGACAACUAACGGGGGCAUUCAGACGAGACUCUACACGCCUGGCGAAGAGAUAUCCAACCAGCCGGAUUUCCUGAGAGGCCAUGGUACCUAUGUAGAUGAAGACAACACAUUGCGUGCCGCAGUCAGUGGAGUAUUAGAGAAAGUAAACAAACUUAUAUCAAUCAGACCUCUGAAGGCGCGUUAUCAAGGCGAAAUCGGUGAUGUAAUAGUAGGACGAGUAACGGAAGUACAACAAAAACGUUGGAAGGUUGAUACAAAUUCCAAGCUUGACUCUGUAUUACUAUUGUCUAGUGUUAAUCUUCCAGGUGGUGAAUUGAGAAGAAGAUCAGCCGAAGAUGAGCAGACAAUGCGUAGAUAUUUGCAGGAAGGCGACUUGAUUUGUGCUGAAGUACAAUCGAUCUUCGCUGAUAGCUCACUCUCGUUGCAUACUCGUGUACUGAAGUAUGGUAAACUGUCUCAAGGUAUGAUGUUGAAGGUACCACCAAUGCUGAUACAGCGCAAAAAAACACACUUUCACAAUUUGGAAAACGGUGCCAGUCUAAUACUUGGCAACAACGGCUAUGUAUGGAUUGGCGCAAAUGCUCAGAAUGCUGACAGAUCGGAGGGUGGUUUCACAGAAGACCUUUCGCGUAUUCCGCAGGAGAACCGUGAGGUAUGCGCACGAUUACGCAAUUGUGUGUUGAUUCUAGCCCAGUGCAACAUGUUGUUGUCCGAUACGUCGGUGACGUACGCUUAUGAAGAAUCGAUGAAGUAUACGGUGAGCGAACUGUUGGAACCUGAAGCGAUGAUCGAUGUAUCGUUGUUGACGCAUCAGAGACUUGAACAGUAAUGAUUUAACCCGGCUGAUUAUGGUUGAACUAGAAAAUUAAAUAAUAAUAUGCUGUAAUUUAUGUGCCAUCGCAAAUAAAAAUCCAUAGAUCAAACAAGAAUAGGUAUUAGAAUAGGCUUUAUAAAAUUUAUAUAAUUCGAUUUUUAUUAAGUGAAUUUAUUCAAUUAAUUGAAAUUCAUCGAUGUUCCUUUCAUUUAUUAUUACUAAUUUUGUGAUUAUGGCAAAUAAAGGGUAAAAUUUGUGAGAAAGUU